CAGGCCUUCAGUCGGACUUGCAUACAUCCGCUUAUCUGGUUUUCCUUUUUUAAAUCUUCAGCUAAUAAAGAGCUUAUGUCCUCGCUUCUGGAACCUUCACCAUUGCGCCCUUAGACAUGGCCUCCACCACCUUUUGUAUUGACAUUCCUGUCUUUGGUGGUCAAGGCACUGCUGCCGCCAACUCUCCUCAGGCGCGCCAGCAGGCUCUCCUCGACGCCUCUUCUCCCUCAGGCUCCGUUCUCCUUGCUGCAUGCCACGCGACCCUCCAUGCCGAAUUGAAGACGCUUUCUUCGACAGAGCUCUCUCAAGUUAACAUCGAUCUGUCAGACUUCCAGACGAAAGAGUCCAUCCUUGCUCUACCCACCGAACGGUAUCUCCAUAAUGCAGUCAUUUCUGGCACAACACUCUUCCUCUUACAGACGCUGCGCUACCUAGCAUACAUUGACGCCUCAGUUGCUUCCAACGGGUCUCUCACCCCGUUCAGCGACGUUUUGAAAUCCAACUCUGUCCAUGGUGUCGGCAUCCUCGGAUUUUCAUCAGGGAUAUUGCCCGCCGCCGUCGUCGCUACCUCGUUUUCCAGUGUCUCUUUCCUCUCUACGGCCGUAGAAGCAUAUCGCCUGGCCAUAUGGAUUGGUGUACGUGCCCAAAUUUUCCGCCGCGCGACACUUUCGGGUCCGUUCCCUGAAGCCAUAUACUCUUCUCCUUGGAGCCUUGUGUUCCUUGGAUUGAGCAAACAAGAUGCAGAGGUGGCGAUCUCAGAUUUUGCAAAGACCGUCGCUGAACCAUCCCCUCUUUAUGUCACAGCAACAAUGGAUGCUAAUUCUGUCACUAUAUCAGGCCGUCCUGAUACACUGUCCGCAUUUUCGGAGUAUGUUACAGCACACUCGUCCGGAGCUAGUAUUGUUGUGCAUAAGACGACGCUCGACACCUUGUACCAUGCGCCACUUCAUGUGGCGGGAGCACGGGAUGAGAUCCUCGCUGACGUUGUUCGGAGGGGCAUUCAAUUCCCGCAAAUCACAGACAUCCAUGUUCCCUUCCGGUCCACAUUCACAGGGGAGGCAUUGAAGAAGGAUAUGACUGGGUCGCUUGUUGAGCUCGUUGUGGACAUGGUCAUUUCGCAGCCUGUCAACUGGGACCUAGUGACAUCCGGUGCUCUCAGAGACCUUCCUGAGGAUGCAUCUGUACGCCUGCUUAACGUCGGGCCUGGAACAGGUCUCUGUCGUGGUCUUGAAAGGGUGUUACGCAAAGAACGCGUAAAACUUCUCGAUCUUACGGCGUUGGACGCGAAGACCCCGCGUCAAUCGAAAGGCAAGCAGGAAGCUAUUGCUAUCGUUGGAAUGGCCGUCAAUAUGCCGGGAGCUCCCAACGUCUCUAAGCUCUGGGAAGUAUUGGAACAAGGUAUCAACACGAUUAGCGAGGUCCCAGAGAACCGGUUCAAAGUAUCGGACUACAAUGAGGCGAAGAAUCCGAAGCGGCAGAUGAAGGCUCACACCGGUAACUUCAUCGAAGGUGCUGAUGAAUUUGAUAACCGGUUCUUCAAGAUCAGUCCCAGGGAGGCGAAGAGCAUGGAUCCUCAACAGCGAGUCCUGCUUCACACCACUUACGAGGCACUGGAAGAUGCCGGCUAUGUUCCCAAUGCGACUCCUUCAUUCAAUCCAGAUACUUUCGGAUGUUACAUUGGUGUAGCCACCCACGAUUAUUUGCAGAAUCUACGCGACGACAUCGACGUGUACUAUAGCACUGGCACUUUAAAAGCGUUUCUGAGUGGACGUCUGUCUUAUUCGAUGCAGCUUAGCGGUCCGUCUAUCGUCGUAGAUACCGCAUGCUCGUCAUCCGGUGUCGCUGUAUAUCAAGGAGCGCGUGCGCUCAUGAACGGAGACUGCAAUGCGGCGAUUGUUGGCGGCGUUAAUGUGAUCGCCAGUCCAGACAUGUUCCUGGGACUCGAUCGAGGCCAUUUCCUGAGCCCAACUGGACAAUGCAAAGCAUUCGAUGCAUCCGCCGAUGGGUAUUCCCGAAGUGAAGGUUGCGGGAUAUUCGUCUUGAAGCGUCUGUCCGACGCUAUCGCCGAGAACGACAACAUUUGGGGUGUCAUCCGAGGCAUCGAAGUCAACCAGAGUGGUCUGGCUCACUCGAUCACUCAUCCUCAUGCUCCCACCCAGAUCACACUCUUCAAACAGCUGCUGGAGAACACGGGCGUCGACGUAAACCGAAUUAAUGUUGUCGAAGCUCACGGAACGGGAACUCAAGCUGGAGAUCCAAAUGAGCUUGAGAGCAUCCGUGGUGUAUUUGCGCAGAAGCGCGGUGCGAAGAAUCCAUUGCAUAUCACGUCCGUGAAGGCAAACAUUGGGCAUCUGGAGGCGGCAUCUGGUGCUGCAGGACUUGCGAAGAUACUUCUCAUGAUGGCGCACCGUACCAUCCCCCGUCUUAUCUCCCUUCAUGAUCUAAAUCCGCGCAUUGCCCCAUUAGAAUCAGAUAACACCAUCAUCGACAGGGUCCAUACUGCUUGGGAGCCUUCUCCCGGCGGUCAGACGAGAUUGGCGCAUAAACUCCGAGCAAAGUAUAUCAGCUGGCUCCAGAGUUCGGAGAGCGCCGACUUCAGACUAGCGGAUAUCGCUUACACGUCCACGAGUCGUCGCCAGCUUUAUGAGCAUCGCACUGCUGUGGCUGCCUCUACGAGGGACGAGCUUAUUGAGAAACUGCAGAAAGCUAAAUCUGUUCAGUCUUCCUCUCAAGAUGGAAAGGUCGUUUUCGUAUGGGGCGUGUCCCUUUACGAUUCAUCGCCGAUCUUCAAAUCUCACAUUGACGAAUGCCAUUCAUUCCUUACUGCAUCCGGAUUUUGCGGUGUAUUGCCUAUCAUUGCUCCUGGACCCGACGGCACGGGUUUAACGGAGACGGAAGAAUUUGAGGCCUAUCAAACGGCUAUCUUCGCAUUGGAGUAUGCGCUUGCUAAACUGUGGAUGUCAUGGGGCGUGAAACCGACGGCUGUGGUUGGUCACAGUCUCGGGGAAUAUGCAGCGCUCGUCAUUGCCAAUGUCAUAUCGUUGCGGGGUGCUCUUACCAUCAUUGCCCACCGUGUGCGUCUUAUGGUCACGAAAUGCGCGGUCUCGUCAACCAGCAUGAUUGCCGUCAAUCUAGCGCAAUCAUUACUUCAGGAGAUCUUGAAGGCGACCGCUUUCGAUAAACUGAGCAUUGCGUGCUUCAACAGUCCCGUUGAUUGCGUUGUGUCUGGACCAUUGGAGCAGCUUCGUGCAUUGAAGGAGCACUUGGAUGCCGAAGUCCACUGCAAGAACGUUCUUCUGACUGUUCCAUUUGGAUACCAUAGCAUGGCGAUGGCGCCCAUUCUUGACGAUCUCGACGCAGUUGCCCUGAACGUGACUCUUAGAGCUCCAACGAUCCCCAUCAUCUCCAAUGUCCAUGGUGAUGUUGUGCACCCUGGUGACGCGUCCGUUUUCGACGCACAGUAUUUCUCCAGGCAUUGUGCCGAGCCAGUCCAAUUCGAUCGUGGGAUUCACGCGUUGAUGGCGCUACCCGAGUGCUCCAAAAUUGAUGCGUGGCUGGAAAUUGGUCCCCAUACUACAUGCCUCCCGAUGAUCAAGGCGAUCACAGCACCUCUUGGCGCACCUCUACUUCUUGGUUCGAUCCGAAAGCAGCAGGACCCGUGGUCAACGCUCACGGCGACUCUGGCUCAGCUCUACCAAGCGAAUGUGCCCGUUGCAUGGAGAGAGACGUUCUCUCAUGUACCUGAUGUGUCGUGCAUUAGUCUCCCGUCGUAUCCCUUUGCGUCGUCGAGAUUCUGGGUCACUUUCAAAGAGGAGGCAGCUGUUGAGAAGGUUUCUCGAGUGGAAGUUCCUGCAAAGCGGACUAUCUCCAAUUCAGCCCUUCUACAUGAAUGGGUCCAGGAGCCGUCUCCAGCGAACGGGUUUACGUCCAUCUUUGAGACGCCUAUCAGUCAAUUGGCGAGCUCAAUUACGGGACAUCGGGUUGCAGGGAUAGCUUUGUGUCCUGCUUCUGUGUAUCUGGAACAGUUGUUUGCUGGCAUCGACUUGACUCGUAUUCAUCUGGGUUCUGAGUCUAUUGACAAGCAGGCGAUCCUCCGGGCUAUCAAGUUCAUGCACGGUUUGGUAUAUGACGAGUCCAUCGCACGCGUUGUCGUGACGGUGAUCACUUUGACCGGGGACGCAGGCACUUUCAGCGUCAGCUCGCGAGUAGAAGGUUCGAAUGAGCAGACCUCGCAUGCUCAUGGCGAAUUCCGUCUCCAGUCUGCAGCUGCCACCCUCACCAAAUUCACUCGUGCCCUUCCUACCAUCAACCGCCACAUCGCUGCGGUCACGAAGCCCGGCUCACAGCAGGAAACGUUCUCGACGAGGACAGUGUACGAGGGAUUGUUCCAGCGCGUGGUCGACUAUUCCAAGGAGUAUCAUACCAUGCAGUCCCUCACGAUCGAUGCUAGUCAUAUGGAAGGAUGCGCGCAAGUUCGUCUUCCCCGCGAUCACGAUAAAGGACCAUACGUCGUGCACCCGGUGUUCAUGGAUACUUUACUUCAUGUGGCAGGUUUCGUGGCGAAUAUGCAGGGUGAACGGAAUGACGCGUUUAUCUGCACCGAAGUUGGCUCUGUCAAGGUCAUUCCUGAAUUCAUCGAUACGAACGCGGAAUAUGUCGUGUACUGCAGCAACGUGUGGGUGGAGAACGAGGGUGCGAUUCUUGCAGAGGCGUGGGCGUGCCAAAAGGGAGAACCUUCUCGGGUUGUGGCCUGUAUGAAAGGUAUGCAAUUCCGGCGGCUUAAACUCAACGCGUUUUCGCGCCUCCUUGCGAGAGCUGCAGGAAAGCCUCUUCAAUCGUCCGUGCUCAAACCCUCUCCUAAGCCUGCCGCUCCUGCUGCUGCUCGUCGUCCUACUGUACACCAUCACCGUUCUUCCGAGCCGGAGGGGCCUAAUGUUGAGUCCACUGUCCUCACAAUCGUGGCCGAGACUUGCGACGUCAGCCCUUCCUCCGUUUCCACUACCACAGAUCUCGAAGCCAUUGGUGUCGACUCCCUCAUGUCCAUCGAAAUCUUUGCACGGCUCCAACAAUCCUUCUCAGAGUACAAUCUCUCCGCUCACUCUCUGACGUCUUGCCGAACGACUGGGGAUAUCAUUCGUGAAGUCGCGGCUAACCGACCGGCACAUGCUACGAGUAUCCCGUCGUCUCCGACUAUUCGUGUCGCGACCAGUGUUCCGUCAUCACCAGCGACGCUCUUCUCGGAAGAUCAGCUCCCAGAGCCCACCCAGUUAUCCGUCGACGACGAGACCGACAUUAAGGGUGUUCUUGCCACGGUUUUGGACAUCAGUGUCGAUGACAUCAAGGAUGACAUUGACUUUGAGCAACUCGGUUUGGAUUCGCUGACCUCGAUUGAGGCACUUCAUUCGCUGAAGAGUGAGCUGGGACUAGAUCUUCCAAGCGAUUUCUUCACGACCUGCAAUACGGUUCGCUCUGUUCAAGACUACCUACAACGUCAUCGUCAGGCGGCGAAGAAGGUGGUGGCGAUCUCUGUGUCGAAGAACCUGGAUGGCGACAAUGCUAGUGCGUCUCACCUUGUCAAGAGUCUACGACUCGAAUCCCUUCCAUCCUCUAUCCAAACCCAUUCCGGCAACGGCGCUCUUCCUCUUUUCUUGAUCCACGACGGUAGCGGUUUAGUCAAUUACUACUCCCGCCUUCAGCCGUUAGCUCGGUCCAUCUAUGGGAUUCACAAUCCGCACUUCAUUUCAUCGCAGCCUUGGGAGAAUGUGGUCGAAAUGUCCCAGGCGUACGCCAAGGUCAUCUCUCAAGUUUCCAAGGGACCACUCUUGCUCGGAGGAUGGUCGUUCGGUGGUGUGGCUGCCUAUGAGACCGCUCUUCAACUCCAGAAACAAGGCAUCAUUGUGAAGGGCAUCCUUCUCAUCGACUCUCCCAACCCCAUCAACCACGUCCCUCUUUCGAAAGACCUGAUCGCUGCCGCAGUGCAACUCGAUUCUCGGAGCAGUGCCUCUGAAGUCGGCCAGCUAGUCAAGAAGCAGUUUGCCAUGAACGCUGCGAUACUUAAGGAUUACGACCCUCGCGCGACACAGGGCGUAUGCCCUCCUAUUGUCCUGCUCCGAUCCAGUGAAGGCUUCAAUCCCGAGGGAGUCGCUGAUGUUCCGAGAUGGCUUGCUGACCGGAGCGACGCGAAGAAUGCUACGGUUGGUUGGGAUACGCUGACUCCUUCCUCCGUGAAGGUGUUUGACAUCCCUGGGAACCACUUCCAACCGUUUAACACUGCUAAUAUUGCUUCUGUUUCUUCCAAAAUGGCUGAUGCGUGUCGAUACCUGGAGGGCGUAUGAGGAUUAAUGGGCAUUCUAUAUGUAUUGUUAGAUUAGUUAUUAGACGUUAGAGUUGUGUACACAAUAUUUUAUGCAAUCAUUUCAAUGCAAUUUCAAAGAGAUUCAAUUCAGCCCGAACAUGCACUUUAUCUCAGGAUUUACAAAGUUUACAGUUCACAGUUUAGGA